AUGUCAGGUGAUGAUGAUGUCAGAGAAGGUGUGUCCGUGGCUCAGGUGUGGGUGGAGCUCCUCUCGGCCGGACAGGUGGAGGUGAGGGCGCGGCUCUCUGACGGGAGCUUCCUGCUGCUCCACCGCACUGAUGAAGACUUGGCUGGGAUGAUGAAGAAGCUGGUGGACGGUUUCCUUGACGACAGGGAGACUCUGUCGUCGAACCUGCUGACAGGUGAGUCAGUAUCUGUUGUUAGUGUUGAUUCUCUGUCUUCAGUCUCACCUGAACACACAGACUCACACAGGUGUGUGUUUGUGUUCCAGGUCUGCUGAGGGUUCGAGCCGCUGAUCAGGUCUCUGAUGUUCAGGUGAAAACUGUGGAGCUCAACAAACUGCUGCAGACCAUCAUCUACCUGCCAACCAAGGUGAGGGGGGCGGGGCUAACGAGUUAACUGAUGGAUGGACCUGGUCCUGUGGGAAUCCGGUACAGACUCUGGUGGUCUGGGUCUCUGGGGUCUCAUCUCUAGAACUUGGACUGUAGGAGUGUUCACAUGGACUUAAAGGGAUAUUCCGUCGUCACAUUAAUUUAGGGUCAAACCCACCGUAACCCCGAGUUAGACCCCGCCCCCUCCAGAGAUGAAUGUUGUCGACCGCUUCCUUCUCUAGUUAUACCAACUUUAGUAACGACCGCAGGAUAGAAAUACAGAGAGACACGCCCCCAACCAAAACGCCACUCUAUAGCCACAGAUAAUGCUCAGAACAGCACCUAACUUCAUCAACAGGACAUAUAGGGUCACAGACAUAGUACUAGACACCAAACAUCUUUUUAACUUUGACUCAUUUCUUUAGCAAAGAGACUAAACACAACUCACCUACUCUCUUCCAGCAAUAAUAAUAACAAUAAUUAUAAUAAUAACAAUAAUAAUAAUAAUAAUAAUAAUAAUAAUAAUAAUAAUAAUAACAAUAAUAAUAAUAAUAAUAAUAAUAAUAAUAAUAAUAAUAAUAAUAACAACAACAACAACAACAACAACAACAACAACAACAACAACAAUAAUAAUAAUAAUAAUAAUAAUAAUAAUAAUAAUAAUAAUAAUAAUAAUAAUAAUAAUAAUAAUAAUAACAAUAAUAAUUAUUAUUAUUAUUAUUAUUAUUAUUAUUAUUAUUAUUAUUAUUAUUGUUAUUAUGAUUUAUUUAUUUAUUUGUUUGUUUAUUUGUUUUUAUUUUAUUUAUUUUAUGACUGAAUUAUUAGUCAGGACUACCGAGUCCUUCAGGACCCCCUGAUGAUGGACUGAAUGUCGGUCUUCUGUUUGACUCCACAGUUCUCUCAGUCCGAGGCGGUCCUGUCCUUCUUUAGACCGUCUGCCAAGGACCAGGUCUUCAGGCAGGUCCAGACCUUCAACAAGGAGACAAACCAGCCUGAGGACCUGAGACAAGUCCAGUCCAUCAGACAUGAGGACAAGAAAGGACUCAAGUCCUUCAGCCAUGAGGACCUCGUAGUCCACCACUCCAUUGGACAUGAGGACCAAGAACAGUUCCAGUUCAUCCAGCAUGAGGCAGACCAGGUCACUGGGUCUGAGGACCAUGAAAAAACAGAGUCUAUGAGACAUGAAGACAAAGAUCUACAACAGUCCAUCCAGUCUGAAGACCAGGACAGUGUGAGGUCUUCAGGACCUGAGGCUCUGGAGGAAGUCCAGACCAGGAUGUAUGAGGCCCAGGAGGUGGUCCAGCCUUUGGAACCUGAGACCCAGGAAAAGGUUCAGUCCACAAGGCGUGAGGUCCAGACAGAGGUCCAGUCCAUUAUGCAUAAAGUCCCUGAAAGAGACCAGUCUUUGAGACCCGAGGCCCAGGAGGUGGUCCUGUUUAUGAGACAUGAGAUCCAAGACAGAGACCAGCCCAGUCUGCAUGAGGAGCAGGAUCUGAAUGAUCUCCUGAGUCCGCUGGUUCUGUCAGGUGGGUUCUGCUGGACCCUCACACAUCAAGUCCAGACCUGUCAACACGAUCGUCAGCAGGUCCUUCAACAGUCCGAUCAGAAAGAAAGUCCUGGGUCUGGUGGAUCAGGGGUCUGUGAUCAGGUCCAGAUCUCAAACCUGAGGGUCCAGUCCGUCCUGUUGAGGUUGGAUCUGCUAAGUCCUGGUUUGACCUGAAAGGAUCAAGAUGGUCUUGGUUAGACCCCUUUGGAUCUGAUAAGAUCUAGUUAAGAGGAGCUAGUUAGACUUGUUGGUCCUGGUUAGUCCCGGUAGUUGGGUCCUGGUUGGGUCUGGAUGAUCCUGGUCAAAUCCACUGAGACAUUCUUGGAUCGACUAGUCCUGUCUGAAUCUCGUUAGUUCUUGUUGGAUUUGCUCUGGUCAGAUCUGGUUUAAUCUGGUUUGACCCGGUAAGUCCCGGUCUAACUAAGUCUGUCUUUUCUUCAGAGAUCUGGAGGUCAAACGGUUUCUGUCUCGCCAACACUGAGACCAUCUUGAUUGACCCGACUCCGCCCAUAAACUGUGUCGUCCAAUCAGAAGACGUCACAGACAGACGG